GCCAUUAGCCGCAGUUUUGUUCGGUAAGCAUAACAGUUAAGUUCUAAACGGCGGACUAACCCAAAAGGGCGAAAACAACUGCCACAAGUUUUAAAUUGAAACAAGACAGAACAGAACAAAAUCUCCAAUAGUCCCAUAUAACGGUAGAGGGGAGAAGGACGUCAGAGAGAAGUACGAACUAAACGAACGAACGAGCGAAAAAAAACCAAGAAAACAGAAACAAAGUGAACACAAAAGAAAACUCCAGCAAAUUUUAUUCACAAAAAAAUUGAAAUUUCUUCAAAGAAUCCAACACGAACCGAAUUUUACGAAAUUUCAUUGCGACCAGUGUUUCGAAAAUUGUGAAUUUGUUACGACUACGUGAAAGUGUCAAAUAGAGAGUGUGUUUUCCCUUGUGUGUGCGUGUAUGUGUAGUUGAAAGAGUAAAUUAGUAACGGUACUAGUGUGUGGAACAAAAACCAGUUAAGAGCGCAACGACGACAACGGUCACAUUUUCGUUUUCCAUUCAUUUUUUGGCAAGUGUCAAAAAACCACCUACAACAAGUCUACUGUCAUUCCUCAAUUCUCCCAUUCGGAAAUGUGCAAAACGGAAAACAACAACAAAAACAAAGCAGAAUAAAAAUACACGAAAUAGAAGACAAAAAAAGCAAAGACAGGAGAAAGGAGAACUGAAAAUUUAAUUUAAAUGGAAUAAAAAUUUUUAUUGUCGAACAAAAUAAAAGAAAAUCAUUUCGGAAGAAGUCCACAAGUAAAAUUCCGCUGUGCAACAGUGCCUGCUAACAUUUUUAGUGCCAAAUCGCUGAAAUUGAAUCUCGUGUAAAACGCUUUUCAACAAAACCCCACCAACAAAAACAACUACAAGAAGAACGAAAGCAAAGACUCGAAAUUGUCUGCGUCAUAAAAACGCGUGCAAUGAUUUUGACAGCAUGCGUUUACCCAAUAACGGGAUUGCUUCUCCUAUGCACCCUCUCCGGCCUGACUUUGGUGAGCUCGGAUGAUUUAAAGGCAACGGCCAGGAAUUCUGACAUCUCGAAUCUGGCCAAGAGCGCCACUAGCAGUGGUCGACGUCCUGUAGCUGGAGGAAAUGACGUCUUUACGAGUUCAUUUUUGGUUCGUUUCCGUCGCAGUGUUGACAACGAUUAUGCCCAUGCCGUUGCCCAGAAAUAUGGUUUUGAUAAUCUAGGAGCGUUGGUGGGUGGUAAUGGACACGAAUACCAUUUCAAGCAUCGGACUUUGCCACAUGCUCGGUCACGGCGUAGCAUAACCCAUACUCGUUUACUUAAAAGUCAUCCAAUGAUCCACACUGCUGUUCAACAGCCCGGUUUCAAGCGUGUCAAACGAGGUCUACGUCCAGCGGUUCAUGCUAUACAUGGUCUUAAAUUCGAUGCCACCUAUAAUACACAAGCCAGUACGGAAAGUGCCGAACCGACAGAUCCUUACUUUCCAUUUCAGUGGUAUUUAAAGAAUACGGGUCAGAAUGGCGGUAAAGCGCGUUUAGAUUUAAAUGUGCAAGCGGCAUGGGAUCAGGGUAUAACUGGAAAGAAUGUUACCACCGCCAUCAUGGAUGAUGGCGUUGAUUAUAUGCAUCCGGAUUUGAAAUUCAAUUACAAUGCUGAAGCUAGUUACGAUUUUAGCAGCAAUGAUCCAUUCCCGUAUCCUCGCUACACGGACGAUUGGUUCAACAGCCAUGGAACUCGUUGCGCUGGUGAAGUUGCUGCUGCCCGUGAUAAUGGAAUUUGUGGCGUUGGUGUAGCCUAUGACAGUAAAAUUGCAGGUAUACGCAUGUUGGAUCAGCCUUAUAUGACAGAUUUGAUUGAGGCGAAUUCAAUGGGCCAUGAACCGCAUAAAAUUCACAUUUACAGUGCUUCAUGGGGUCCAACUGAUGAUGGCAAAACUGUGGAUGGACCUCGUAAUGCUACAAUGCGUGCCAUUGUACAGGGUGUUAAUGAGGGUCGUAAUGGAUUGGGCAAUAUUUAUGUGUGGGCAUCGGGUGAUGGUGGCGAAGAGGACGAUUGCAAUUGCGAUGGCUAUGCUGCUUCCAUGUGGACAAUUUCCAUUAAUAGUGCCAUAAACGAUGGUCAAAACGCUCAUUACGAUGAAAGUUGCAGUUCAACAUUGGCCAGUACAUUCAGUAAUGGUGCCAAAGAUCCCAAUACUGGCGUGGCAACAACAGAUCUAUACGGCAAAUGUACAACAACACAUUCGGGUACCAGUGCGGCCGCACCGGAAGCAGCUGGUGUGUUUGCAUUGGCCUUGGAGGCAAACCCUGAAUUGACAUGGCGUGAUAUUCAGCAUUUGACGGUAUUGACUUCGAAACGAAAUUCUCUCUUUGAUGCCAAAAAUCGUUUUCAUUGGACAAUGAAUGGUGUGGGGUUGGAGUUCAAUCACUUGUUUGGUUUUGGUGUUUUGGAUGCCGGCGGUAUGGUAACGUUGGCCAAACAAUGGCAUACGGUACCGCCAAGAUAUCAUUGCGAGGCUGGUGAAAUUUCGGAAACACACCCCAUUUAUUCUGGCCGUUCUCUAUUCCUGGAAAUCAAAACCGAUGCAUGUAAGGGAACAGAUACUGAGGUUAACUAUUUGGAACAUGUCCAGGCUGUUAUAUCGGCAAAUGCAUCACGUAGAGGAGAUCUGGAACUGUUCUUAACAUCGCCAAUGGGAACAAGAUCAAUGAUUCUAUCACGGCGCGCCAAUGAUGACGAUCAUCGCGAUGGUUUCACUAAAUGGCCUUUUAUGACAACACAUUCGUGGGGUGAAUAUCCUCAUGGCACAUGGAAAUUGGAGGCUCGGUUCAAUUCAAAUCAGCCCCGUUCCGGUUGGUUAAUCGAUUGGUCGCUUGUAUUGCAUGGUACAAAAGAGGCACCUUAUCGUACCCUAUCACCAGCAUCACCCCAUUCGAAAUUGGCCAUUGUUAAAAAGGCUCAUGAAGAAAAGAAAAUGCAGUAAUUUCCAUUCCCAAUAUCGAACCAUCCGAAAAGGGGACAACAGUAAAAUGAGAAUUUUUACUGAAACCGAAUUCGAUAUCAAAAAACCGGAAUCAAAAAUCGAACAACAAAAAUUUAAACGACAAACUCCCACAGCUAGAAUUGCAAAAUAUUCUUGAGUAAUCAAAGGCCAAUUAAUAUUCCAUUUCGAUAAAAAACGAACACUUUUAAACUAAUAGAUAAAUUUCAUUAAACGAGGAUUUAAAAUAAUUCAAAGUGAUUUAAGUUGCAAAGUAUUUAAAACUUUCAAUGCAUUGAGAGAAAGUAAAUGUUAAUAUUUGUUGAGUAGUUA